GGUGUGUGUGUGUGUGCGCGCGUGUGCCGUCUUGCAUCUGGAGCACGUAACUGCCUUGGGUCAUCGAUGAGUGGGUCCCCACUCCUAGGACUUCCCAGCGAAGGUGGAGGCAGCAAACAUCCUGGGUGCCGCCACGGUCCACUCCACACAGUCACAAACACCAGCGCCGCGGGCAGUACCCAAGGCGCUUAAAGUGUUGCGCCCGGAGCGCGCGCUUCCCCAGUGGUUUCCGCAGGCCAUGGCCGGGCACUUAGACCUAGCCUAGCACUAGCGGGACGUGCUCCUUGCCCCCACCCCCGAUGGGGAGGACCCUGAGCGGGUAGUGCUCGCCAGUGUGGCGGAGCUGGGUCUUGGCUUCACGGAGCUGACUUAAGUCUUAGUUUCUGUUUUGUUUCCCAAAGCGCCUUGGCGGCGGAGAGUAAGGGUCUCGGAGGCGGAAUCUGGGGGCGGGCACCUCUCCCACCCAAAAGGUACCCGACAGGCGAAAAACGAUCCGCCAAGUAGCAACUGGAGGCUGGGGGCAAAUGGAAGAAUGAGGUUCCAUGCCGGAGCCGCUGGGCGCAACAAGAAAGGAAGCGAAGGGCGGACAGGGAACAAUCUGACAAAACUGCAACGGAAAACGACUUUCACCCUGAAGGAAAGGGGGAAAAACAAGCUUGCAAAACUUGGCCAACUGGAAAGUAGAAAGUGAGGCGGGUGGGCGGGAUUAGGGAGGACUCUGCCCAAGCCAACCGGUGACUUUAGGACGGGUGACGUCACAGCCAAUGGACAGCCAGCGCGGGAUUUUCAAUUCUUGUUCCGCCCAAUCGGGAAAAGACUGUGCUUAUAAAGACGGCUGCCGCGGGGCCAGCAGCCCGUUUCUCUCCCCGCCGCUGCGCUGGUAAGCUUGUGUUUUGGUUCGCUAUGGCCCGUACUAAGCAGACUGCCCGCAAGUCGACCGGCGGCAAGGCCCCGAGGAAGCAGCUGGCCACCAAGGCGGCCCGCAAGAGCGCGCCGGCCACGGGCGGGGUGAAGAAGCCGCACCGCUACCGGCCCGGCACCGUGGCCCUGCGGGAGAUCCGGCGCUACCAGAAGUCCACGGAGCUGCUGAUCCGCAAGCUGCCCUUCCAGCGGCUGGUACGCGAGAUCGCGCAGGACUUUAAGACGGACCUGCGCUUCCAGAGUUCUGCCGUGAUGGCGCUGCAGGAGGCCAGCGAGGCCUACCUGGUGGGGCUGUUCGAAGACACGAACCUGUGCGCCAUCCACGCCAAGCGCGUGACCAUCAUGCCCAAGGACAUCCAGCUGGCCCGCCGCAUCCGUGGUGAGCGGAGCGGGGAAGGCACUUCCGGUUGGGCUCCCAACAAAACACGGGGCCGGUUGACAAGUCGGGUCCCCUGCUGCGGUGCCAUCUUGAGCUCUGCCGACUUCGGCCAGUUGGCCUAUCCGGACUGGCCGGGCUGCGGCCGCUUUCCUUGGCGCCGGCUUGGGGGCUGUGACGUGGAGGGCCACACGCCCGUGCUUCGCGCCCAAACCGGCCUCACCCGGCGCGGCCCUCCGGCUAGCGAGGGAAAUGACCACCUCGGCCUCGCCGGGGUUCUGCGGGCAAACGUGGGGAGAACUGCGCUGGGGCUGCCGGUCGGGCCCACGCCACCUCCACCAGCACAGUGGGUCACAGCAAUUUCUAGAGCAUGCCUCUGGGUCUCUGCGGAGACCCUCAUAACCUGCUUAGGCCCACAGUGCAUGGGCGGUAUUCUGACUUCAAAAACUAGUGACCUUCAGAGAUCCGACUGUCGCCCCACUGCCAAAGUUACCUUCCAACAUCGUUACUGUUGCACUUUAUGCAGUCAAGUGUCCAGCUCCUCAGAUGAGCGAGUGGUCGGCCCUAAAAAGGGCCUUUGGGAUCGAAACGUGCAAAGCUGGAGCGGCGGCCUAGCCUCCGAAGCCGUGACUGCGUCCCGAAUCACGUUCUCCAGGAACACCUUCAGCACACCGCGGGUCUCCUCACAUGACUGCUACAGCCUGAAAGACAGCUUCUGUCAGGGCAAGCACGGUCUUCCCCUGAUAUACAAGAGAUACAGCAUGGCCCGUACUAAGCAGACUGCCCGGAAGUCGACCGGCGGCAAGGCCCCGAGGAAGCAGCUGGCCACCAAAGCUGCCCGCAAGAGCGCGCCGGCCACGGGCGGGGUGAAGAAGCCGCACCGCUACCGGCCCGGCACCGUGGCCCUGCGGGAGAUCCGGCGCUACCAGAAGUCCACGGAGCUGCUGAUCCGCAAGCUGCCCUUCCAGCGGCUGGUACGCGAGAUCGCGCAGGACUUUAAGACGGACCUGCGCUUCCAGAGUUCUGCCGUGAUGGCGCUGCAGGAGGCCAGCGAGGCCUACCUGGUGGGGCUGUUCGAAGACACGAACCUGUGCGCCAUCCACGCCAAGCGCGUGACCAUCAUGCCCAAGGACAUCCAGUUGGCCCGCCGCAUCCGCGGGGAGCGGGCCUAAGGCAUAUUUUUAAGUGGUCGAUCUAAAGGCUCUUUUCAGAGCCACUGCCGUUUUCAUCAAGAGCAGCUGUAGUGGCUCUCCAUCUGGCGUGCGUCUGCCUUGCGCACCGGUCAGGGGCCAGGGGCACUCGUAGUGGUGGGUGACGUUACAGAACCCAAAGCCCAGCCGCGAGUUGGCUGGCGGUAGAAAAAGCCACAGAGGCAUGGUCCUUGUGGUUCCGGCCGAGCCUGCCUUUUCACCCUGGUUUAAGGCCAGAGCUCUGGCUCCCAAUUCUGUGGGUCAAGUUUUGCAUGGCGGCAAGAGACAAUGUGGGGAGUUUCGAGAUGUAGAAGAUUCUAAGUGUAAGGGUGGGGCAAGUCCCUUAAAAAUUAUAAACCCGUUUCCAGGUUUAUUUAAGAAGUGUAUAAGUUUAAUUAAAGCUCAGCA